CCCCCUUACUCUGGCCGAGAUGCAUUGUGGGGAAAGUCGUUGCCAUUCGACCUCUGCGGGGCCUGCGCGGACGCACAUAGAACCCUGAAAUUCAUUAUGCGUUUAAAACCCUUAUUUAUUUCCGCAUAACCUACAUACUCUCGCAAGGAGGCCAAAGCGGAAAAACAACGAUUUUACAAAAUUCUAAAUACUUCGUUGCAACCAUCAAUAGACUGUAGGGAUUUCUAAUUAGCCGGAAAGAAUUUUGUUAAGACACUGUAGAUUGUAAUUUAUUAAGAAAAUGUCCGGAGAGAGAAACCGCAGGUCGCUGGCUUUCCGAGGAGGUGGAUUAGCCGCGACCGGUCCCAGUGGCAGCGGAGGCAGCAACAGUAACAGCUGGGAGGCCCAGGCUUGUCAGGACCGACAUUUGAACGGGAACAGGCCAGAUCAAGACGAGGAUAGGGUUCUGGGGGCAAAAGGACCAUCGCUUGGGAAAGUAGAGGGUGGGGGGUCCGUCGGCGAUAGCACAGAACCAGAGGCGGAGGAAGAAGAGGACCCGGAAGGGGGCAACUCGCUAGGUGGGGACGGUGGAGAAGACCGGGUCGGCUGGACGACAGUGACGGUCGGAGAAGACGGGUCUAGGGAAGGUGGCAUUUGGACACAGGGGAACGGCCUGAACACGGAGGAUCGUACUGGCUUAGGGACCGGUGCCACGGGAUCUGAGGACGAUAAAGGCGAAGCCGGGAGCAGGGGAGAUACGGAGGAAACGGGUGUCAGGAAACCUUGGGUAGAAAUGAGACCGCAAACGCUACUCCAGAAACACUCGCUAUUUCAAGGCUCCUGGUUACAGGAAUUUCCAUGGCUAAAAUUCUGCCAAGAGACUGGACUUAUGUCCUGUUCCUGGUGUCACAACAUUGCCACUAACAACAGCGAUGAGCUGGUCAAAGGCAGUCGGAAUUACAAGCGGGCCUUGCUGCUGAGACAUCACCUGUCCUCGGAACACAGGCGGAAUGACCCGACAAAACAGGACCCGGAGCGUGUGGAGAGUCCGGUGCAGGGCGAGGCGGACCUGGGUGAGGACUACCGGAGGGGACGCCCGCAGGACGAGAGCUCCUACUGCUACCAGCUGCUGCAGGAGCUGGACAAGCAGCGCAAGAGCGGCAUCCUGUGCGAUGUCAACAUCGUGGUCAGCGGACAGGUCUUCCGCGCCCACAAGAACAUCCUGGUGGCCGGCAGCCGCUACUUCAAGACGCUCUACUGCCUGACGCGUAGCGAGGGGCCUGCGGGGGGGGGCGGGGCGUCCGGCGGCGAGCAGUCCGGUGUCACGCACCUGGACGUGGUGGCCGUGCAGGGCUUCUCCGUCAUCCUGGACUUCCUGUACUCGGGCAACCUCCUGCUGACCAGUCAGAAUGCCAUCGAGGUGAUGUCCGUGGCCAGCUACCUGCAGAUGACCGAGGUGGUGCAGUCCUGCCGGGCAUUCAUCAAGGACGCCUUGAACAUCAGCAUCAAGGAGGAGGCGCCCGACUCCGUGGUGGUGGACUACAACAAGCGCCGCAUGGUGGCCAAAGACGGAACUACAUGCGGAGGAGGAGGAGGAGGGGGGUCGGACAGGAAGCCCAGCAACUUCUGGGCCACCAGCAUCCUGUCCAAGCUGUCCAUCAAGGCCAGCACGCAGGUGAAGGAGGAGCCGAGCGACGCCAGCGAGGUGUCGGCCAACGACAGCGGGGCAGCGGGUGGAGCGGACACGCCCGAGUCCACGGAGGAGGCAGAGAUGACCGGCGCGGCGCGGGGGGGCGGCCCGGUGUUCGUCUGGAACGAGCCGGCGCUGGCCACGGGCGUGAGCGUGAAGGCAGAGCCCGGGAGUGGACGCAGGAAGAGGCAGACCACGCGGCGCUUCGUCUACAACAUCCCCCCCGAACCUGAGCCCGAGGAGGGCUUCGACGAGGGCAUGUUCGUCCAGCCAUCCGCCUCCUACACACGCGAGGACUUCUCCUUCCUGUCCGACAACGCCGGAGAGGCGUCGGACGUGGCGCUGAAUAAGCUGAAGUGCCCGCCAAGACUGUACACACACACACACACACACACAUAUACACACAAGCUCUUCACACGCAGAGAGCACGUCAAGAGACAUUCCCUGGUGCAUAAGAAGGAUAAGAAGUACAAGUGCAUGGUGUGUAAGAAGAUCUUCAUGCUGGCGGCCAGCGUGGGCAUCCGUCACGGCUCGCGGCGCUACGGCGUGUGUGUGGACUGCGCCGACUCUCACCAGACCUCCCAGGAGGCCAUGCAGGAGCUGGCUGUCGUGCGUGGGGGAAGGGCCUUUUUACGACCGGGCCCGGCUGACGACAUGAUGGCCGAGGACGGCGAAGAGCCCGGCGAUGGUGACCAUGACAACGAGCAGCUCCACUGGGACGCGGAGGCCACCGUCACCCCUGACGACGACUAACUCACGGAAACACACGCAGAGACAUCGCUGAGCGCAACGUAACGAUUUUUACAUCAUCACCAAAUGCUGUCGUGAUGUGAUACACAAAGCAAAACAACAUUUAAGACGUACAAAGUUUUUAACUAAGAAAAUAAACAAAGAUUUAUAUAUGAAAAAAAAAAAAACUAAACUAAUAGCUGGGAAACAAUCAACAACUCCAAAGUGCUAACCAAACCUCAUGGUUGCUAUUGUACGCGUGAGACACAGAAACCUAAAGCGUUCGGUAGUGAGGGACUCCACGGCGUGCAGAUAUGUUACGAGCGGAACACGGCGUGCCGCCCACGACAGUAAGACGAGAAGGCGGAUCUCUGAAAUCAGGUGUUUUUGUUUUUGUUCCUGGUGAUGUAUUUUUAUCUUCACAGUGUACAGCGUUCUAAGUUACGAUAGGCCAAUCAUCUUAAAAAAGAAAUGUUAAUUAUUUAAUUUAUGAAGAAAAAAAAGUUUUUAUGGUCUUACUGAAUGAUCUGUCAUUUCCUUUCUUGUCGUAUUGUGUCUGCUGUUCCAAAGUUCCGUUUCAUUUUGACUUCUGUCAAAUCUGAACAUCUAUUGCUUUGAUAGAUUCAUAGAGCGAAAGACAUAAAAAGAGAGAGAGAGAGAAAAAAAGAGUGCACAAGAAAGAGAGAUUAAAGUGAGAAUUAUGGAUCUAUUGCCAACAGGAAGAUUGUAUAUUUCUCUUUGGUUGGAGGCGUGUCCUGUCCUGAAAGAAAAUUCAGAUUAUUUUAUAUUCCUUUUAUUAUUAUGAUGAUGACGAUGAUUCUAAUUCUACUUGUUGUUAUGACGAUGAUUCUAAUUCUACUUGUUGAUAUGAUUUCUCCCUCGCACCCGUCUUGGAUCCAAACCUCUGUUUGGCCGCUAGCGCCGUGCAGCCCUAUUUAUGCAUUAAGUUAUGUAGGCUGUACCACUGUGCCAAGCAGACAGCACACCAAGGCAGUGCAGGACACACACACACACACACACACACACACGAAACUACUGAACCAAGCUGAGAGAGAAACCUAGAGCAAAAGUGUAAAGAGAGUAAUAAUCUAAAAAAGCAUUUUAUAUAAAAAAAGAGUAAAAGUUUAAGAAAAGAUUAAAGAUUUUAAGGGGAAUUACUAUUGCUAGCUUUAUAUGACUCACGCGUCACAGUAACACUUUAUAGAGCAUUUUGACAUUCACUUAAAGCUUGAAUUUUUGCCAAAUGACUGAGACAUUUGGUGCUGUAAUGCUUAUCUUGAGAUACUGGACCUACAAGCUGUAUAUGAUGUUAAUAAUCAACAGCCUGGAGCAGGGCUGACUCGGGGCCACGGCUGGCCCAGGUCGAGACGCGGCGCCGGGUCGGCUCCUGACCGGGCAGCCUCCUCCGACUCGGAUAUGCUAACCUGCUCUUUAUGUAACACUGUUGUGCUUUCAGAGCCUAUCAGGUAUGCUUUGCCAUUGUGUUUUUCUGUUUAUUUUUAUUUAAUGUACACACACACACACACACACACACACACACACACAAACAUACCUCCCAUGUUAGUCGAGCGCUGGCAGUAGAGUUGAGCCGUGUCCACUCACCUCCCUGGACCUUUGUGAGCUGGUUGCGUUGGUACGGAGUGUGAGGGGCGGGACUUCAUGAGCGAGGUGUGUGUUGAAUGCACAGUCAAUCAGGAUGUAUGAAGUUGCAUAUUUUUUUUUCCAAAAAAACAAAACAACAAAAAAAAGACUCCCAAAUUCCAUUGUUUAUUUGUUGAUUUGUUGAUCUGCUUUGUUAGAUCCUGUUGGUUGUAUGUGGGGUGCGUACAUUUACAAUCAGUCUAUUUAAUUUGAUGGCCAAGUUUGUGUGUUUGAUCGUUUUGUUUGUUUGUUUGUUUGUUUGUUUUGAAGCGGAGGGUCUGCGGGCAGCUGGGCUGGGUGACGCUGUAUGGGGUCCGAGACUUGGCACUUACUGCCCCCCAGCUGCCUCUGUUGCCCCAGAGCAGGUCUGGGUGGAAACAAAACAAAAGCCCCCCUCUUCCUCCCUCUCCGUCACUUUCUUCGCUUUUCUAAACUACGAUUCCAUGCAGACCCCUAAACCUCUUUGUUUUGGUUUGGUUUUUUUUUUCAGACAUUUCAUUAUUUAAUAUUAUUAUAUAUUGACUCCAAAAAUGCAAUCAAGACUGUUAAUUUUUGUUUGUUCUACCAAAAUUGUUGUUUAAUAAUUAUUGUUGAAAUGAUGUAUAAGAAAACCAGGUUUGAAAGACUAUUUAGUGUAGAUCCUUGCUUGUGUAUGUAAUUGUCAGAUUUAAAUGUUUUUAUUCAAAGAAAGAAAAUCAUUCACUUUACCCUAGAUGCAUAUAUCGUUUUAUUUGUCCUUUCUAUAACGUCUGUUCUUUUUGAUUUCAAGAAGCACAUAUUUUAUUAAGCUCUCUGGUUUGUGGGAUUCAGCCUAGAAGCAGCAGUCUGUCUGUAUAUGCAGCGAAAUCAACAUCCGUGACCCUGUAAUCUCUGUAUACAGCUGAAAUCAGCGCUUUCCUUUUGUAUACAGCUGAAAUCAGCGCUUUCCUUUUGUAUACAGCUGAAAUCAGCCGUUUUCUUCCGUAUACGCAGUGAAAUCAGCUGGUUCCCUCUGUUUGUGCAGCGAAAGCAGCACUCUCUGUAAAUGCAGUGAAUCUACUGAAGUGAUGCAGAAUUGUCCUAAGACUUUCCCUUUACUCCAAAUGAAAAUGUAUUUUAAAAAGCUGUAUAGAAGAUUCUCAUCUUGUGUGUUAUAAUUAUUAUUAUUAUUAUUAUUAUUAUUAUUAUUUACCUAUGGAAUCACUGUGGGAGGGAUAUAUAUAUAUAUAUGUAUGGAAGUAUAUGAGAGAAGUAUAUGUAUGAGUAAAUAUAUUUAACUAGUUGAUAUACGCAAUGGAAAUGGCUGUGUUCCCUCUGAUCUCAGAGCCCCGGGCUGGUGUGUGUGUGUGUGUGCGUGCGUGCGUGCGUGCGUGUGUGUGUGUGUGUGUCCACGUGUGUCCACGUCUGUCCGUCUCCAUAUAUCCGUAUAUGCCCACCUCCACCUCCCCCUCCACACUCGCCAUCUUUCCUGUCCUCAUUUGGUUCUUCUCUUUGUUUAUUGUUUUUCCACUUGAACUUCUUUGUUUUGUAUAUGCGACGAACACAGGUAACUCAGCUCCAGAUGUUUUAUUAUGCUGUAAACGGACAAAAACGGACUUUAAAAAAACAUACACACACACAAAGUCAAAACUAAAGUACACUACAGAUGAAGGUUUUUUUUUUCCAGCUGUAUUUUUUACGCUGUUUUAAAAGAUGUAUUUUUCAAACUUCUCUAACAGUGAUGCAAUGUGGGGCUCCUGCAGGGGACCCUGCGCCAAACAGCAGUCAGGUUACUCUUUUUACGUUUUCAAACUUUUCAGAGACAAAUGAAUACAUUCUCCUUUUUCUGUUUUCAAAUUGUACUACUGUUCCUCUCUAAUUUUAAAAUAAAAACUUUGAUAUUGCUCAAGUAUAAAA